AGUUUACUUACUCGCCGUCGGCCCGUCGUAUUCGUGGCAGCACCUUUGCUAUGUUUAGAUUGCUUGUGUUGUGUCUUUUUGUGAAAUUCGGAUAAUUCAGGUAAUUUUUUGCUCUUAAAUUUUCGUUUGAGGUCAUAAUUAAUCGUUUUCGAAGAUCAGUCGUUGUGAUUGUUUAUAAAAUUUUUGGUCGUUUUGUGGAUGACAUGUUGACAAGUUUGCGUCGAUUUCCGUAUAUUCCAAGAACCCAGCCAUUUUGUCGAUUCACGUACCAACCUCCUGGACGCUGUUGCAAAGUCUGUAAUUCUUGUAGCCUUGUUCAUCUUCAAAACUAUGAUGAAAUGAAUGUAUUGAUGGCGCUAAAUAUGAAAACAUCUUCUAAUAAUACCCUACUAAUAUUAUCAGUAUUGAAAUUAUCAUAUCUUGUAAAAUUUUCAGCUCCCUAAAGUUUGAACCUGGAACGCCAACGGCGUGAAAUCGAAAAAUAGUUUUGAUUGUAUAAUGGAUGAAAAAAACGACGAUAGUUUGCCGUCUGGCGAGAAUGUCGAUGAAGAUACGUUGGAAACAAUAUUGCCAGUUGAAGAAGAGGGCAACUUGGAGCAAGAUCAAAAUAUGGACAUUGAUGCUAUAGAAAGCGCGGGAACCGAUGCUAACGCAGACGUACAUGAAUCCACAGAUGGCAUAGACGCUGAGGGUGAAACGGGAGAAACGCUGAUUCCUGAUCCUGAAGAAUCCAACGAAAAAUCUAUGGAUGCAGAUCUUGAUAUAACACCACCAAAUUUGGAUGCUAUUACUGAAACACUAACAGAAGAAACAGGUGAUCACAGUUCUUCUACAGACACUGCUGUAACAGACUCUCUCAUUUCUGCACCUGCACCAACAGUAGAUGCAUCAAUCUCAUCAGAUGCUCUGGUGCCUGCUCUCACUGAUAAUGUAGAAGAAAAAGUAACUGAUGUUAAUGAACAUGAACACAUAUCAGAUACUAAAGAUUCAACAGAAUUGAAAUCAUCAAGUGCAGUUUAUAGCUUGGAGGAAGAGCUACAAAGAAUGCAUGAAGGUGAUCCAAUAGAAGAACCAGAAGAGCUCCGAAAUCAACCUAAUAUUGAUUUGCCAAAUGAAGAUAAGAAAUCAGACUCUGAGGAAAAGUUGAUUAGGCCUGUGGAAAAAGUGACAAAGCCAAUCAUCAGGAUAGCAGAGCAAGUUAAGGUUGCAGAGAGAAGUGUUAGACCUGCAGAGAAAACAUACAGAGGAGCGAGGUCAUUGGAAAAGAAGAUAUCAAUGCCUGUUUUGAAAGUGCCAGACUCCCCAAUUAUGAAGAACUCUGAUUUAGAAGAAAUAUUGGGAGCAGAUGAGGUUGUGAAAGAUCCAAUAUUGAUCAAGGAAGCCCAAGAAGAAAUGAAAGUGACAGAUGUAUUGGUUUGUGGAAAAUGUUAUGAAUCUUUCAUCUUCAUUGAAGAGUUCCAAAAGCACAAACUCAGAAUAUGCAAAGGCAAAUCUGGUAUAUGGUCUGCCUGUGAGAAUGAGACAAAGCCUCAAGUGUGGGGUUUCACAUUGUGGAAAAGUAGACAAAUGAAAAGUGCAAAGCCUAAUGUUAUGAAACAUUCAGAUUGGAAAUUGUAUCAGAGUUGGUGCAGUUUAGCUGAAAUUGACAAAAAUGCUUGGAUAGCAGCUGGACAAUCAUUGCAGUAUUGCAAUAAAAUAGGAACAGGCAAAUUGACAGAAGUUAGACAGAUCUUGCAGACUCCCAAAGCACAAGUAAAAGAAGAAAAGGAUCCUCUAGCUUUGGAUGGAUAUGAAUGCAACAAAGAAAAUACUACCAUUACCGUGGGGAGAAAACCGAUUAUUGACUUGAAAAAACCUCUCAUCCGAUCCGUCAGAGUUGUGAAAGAUAAUGCAACUCCUGUGACAAUCCCAAGUCCGAAGGUCGUUCCUAAGGCCGAUCCAAAUGUGAACAGAGCCACAAGAACACUGAGGAGUACAGAUAAGGGUGAAAGAGGGGAGUAUGCAGUGGAAAGAAUUGUCGCCAAACGCUUCAACCCCAAAAAGAAGAUAUGGGAGUACCAGAUCAAAUGGGAGCAUUUCCCAAGUGAGGAUAACACUUGGGAACCAAUGGAGAACCUGAAUCACUGCAAACAGAUGGUCACUGACUUUGAAACACAAUUGACAAAGUUGAAGGCUGAGAAAGCUCAGCAACAGGCCGCGAAUUUGGUAAAAAAUCGACCCAAAAUUUUGAACACCCAUGCAGCACUAGCCAGUGCAUCAUCCAGUGUUAUUGAUACCCCAAAUCGGCCGCAACGGACCAGCAAACAGAAGGCCCUCGACCAGGUGAAGGCGUGGUGCGGCUCGAUAUCGGACGAGGAGAACGCGGCGCCCUCGGGCGGCAAGCGCGCCCGCUCGCCCGACAGCGACGACUCGUUCGGCAAGCGCAUGAAGUUCGAGGACUCGGACGAUACGGACACGGACGCCGGUGGGCCGUCCUCGCCCGGGCCGCCCGCGUUGCAGCAGCAGCACGCGCAAGCGCCGAAGCAGUACAAGAAGAUCGCGCCCAAGCCGUCGGUGCAGAUCAUCAAGAACGGUCUCGGCCAAGUGGGCGCCCUACCGCCGAACGUCCUCAUUCCUGACGCGAACGGCGUGGUGCGCAUCAACCAGAAACAACUGCCCUCUUUGAGCGCAGGCGUAUACAUCAUGUCGAAGACGGCUGGCAUCAUAAAGCUGGACUCGGACACCUCCAAGGUAGCCACCAGCGGCGGCCAGACCAUCGUCAAAGUCGCCCCGAAGAUCGGCCAAACGCAAAUAAAAAUCGUCAAAAAGGACGGCUCCACCGCCAAACAAAUCGUGCAGAUGUCGCCGCAAAGCGUCAACAAGCCGGCGCCGGUCAGUCCGGCGACGGGCAGGCCGAAGAAGCUGCAGACGCCGAUCGACGUGCGGUCGGCGAUCAAGAAGGCCGGCGAUACGCUGAAGCGGAGCGCCGAGUUCCUGAGGAAGUCGCAGGAGGUGCGGAAGCCGAUGUACGCGGUGAAGAGCGGGGAGAGGAUCGUGGAGGUGGCUGGGAAGGCGACGCCGAGGGGGGCCAGGAUGAAAGAAGAAGCCAGAAAGCCCGCCCAACUGAUCCACGAAUCCCCAUCCAAACGCACCGACGAGGAAUCCGACGACGGGCUCGAGGAGCUGCCUUUUCCCGAAGAAAUAAAAAUCCCUGAGCCGGACCCCACCGAAGACGACUUCUUCCUGGACCCGUCCACCGGCAAGAUAGCCGGCCAGGAGUACCCGGACCCGGAGCCUGAACCGGAGCCGAUGGAGGAGGCCAAGUCGGACACCAGUCUGGACAACAUCGUCAAGCUGGCGGCGGCCGACAUCACCGAGGAGGAUCUCAAGAACGAGCCGACGGAGGCGGAGGUGAUGCCGCCUCCGACGCGGGAGGAGGAGGAGGAGAUGGUGGUGCAGGAGAAGGUGAAGAUCCCGAUCAGAGCCGAGCCGAUACGGAAAAUCGUGUCUGCCUCGCCCACCAGAACGAUCGUGCGCAUGCCCAUGGCCCAGAAGAAAACCACCUCUUCUUCGAUCCUCAACAAGGCGCUCACCGGGCAACAGGUGGUGCGGCGCAGCGUGUUGAGCACCACGCCGCGCAUGGUGCACCAGCGCAUCCUCAAUCCGACGAUAGCGCGCAGCAGCAGCAGCGGGACACAGGUGAUGAGUCCGAUCAUCAGGCCCGCGGGGGCGUACGUGAGGGGCAAGGCGGUGGGGUCGUCGCGGCCUAGAGGCGGCGCUUCGCCGAGGGUGGUCAGAGCCCAACCCACAGUCUCACCUCGCAGCAUCUACACCUACGCCAAAUCCCCGAUCAAAUCGCCCGCACAACCCACGAUGCGCAAAAUCGGCAACACCAUCAUCCGAACGGCCAGCUCGCCCAUCGUCCAGAUGCACCAGCACCAGCAGCUGCAGCAACACCUGCUGCAGCCGCAGUCGUCGCGGCCGCAGCCCAGAGGGUCGCAACCGCGGCUGGUGCAGAGCUCGGCGGGGCUGGGGCAGCAGCGGCAGUUCGUGCAGAAGAAGGAGCCGAUGGUGAUCAGAGGUCAGCCGGAGAUGAUCGAGACGAGGAAGGUGGUGACGACGGUGGCGUCGAAGCCGAGGAAGGUCAUCAGCAUGCCAUCGUUGAUGGGCGACGACGAGCUGCUGAUCGUCCCGAAACCCUCCGGCCUGUCGGCCAGAUCGCAAUCGCCAGUGCCGCCCUCUGCGACGGUGGCCGAGCUGCUGGAGACGGCGGUCGCGGCCGCCGCCGCCGAAGAGGAGGAUGAGGAGGAGGAGGAGCAGCAGGAGGAGGAGCAGCCGCAGCACACCGUCGUGGCUGUGGCGCACGCGCAGACGGGCAAGGCGGAGCAGGACGAGGCCGACGAGCAUCAGGAGGAACAGGAGGCGGUGCAGCAGCAACAAGUCGAUGUCAAUGUGUCCCAGCAGCAGCAACACGUGUCUCAAGAUGACCAGGCGGCGUCCCUGGCACCUGACAUGUCCACCUUUACGUUGGCCGACAACGAGAACCCGAUCUUCAUAACCGGAGACGACGGCACCGUGUACCAGGUGGCCGGGCAGAACGAGCAAGGCCAAACCAUUCUGUUGACGCAGGGCAGCGAUGGGCAGCAGCAGUGCUUGCUGGUUACCAAUGAGGUGGCCGAGGCGAUGGAAACGGCGCCGGUAGAGGAGCCCCAGCAGCCGGUGGACAUCGCCAUGCCGGACAUCAGCCCCGACGUCACUGAGCCGCUCUCGGUCAAAACUGAUGUGGCAGAUGGUGGGGAUCAGGUGGUGGCUCAGGUGGUGAGGGCGGAACCGCCCAGCCCAGCUCAGUACUGUCACUGUCAAAAGUCAAAACCAUGUCAAAACGAAAACAAUGACAAUAACUGGACCAAACAAAACGGACUUGCCAAAACCCAGCCAAUACCUGGCCAAAACCUCGGCCAAAACCAAAGUUCUUGA